GUGUCCAGCACGCGCCCGGGAUGACGCAACGAACUGAUGGCGGCGCUUCGUCACUUCGGCAAUCUUCGUGACGAGUUCGAGUCUCACCGCGUUUGGAAAAUCCCUGCGCAGAUACAUAAAAGAGCAAAGUGGUCCAAAUGGAAGCUGAAAGAAAGUUCGCCGAGAUAGGCGCAGAACAUACCACGAGAGCGUCAAACCCCAAACCGCCGUGACCGACAUGCACGCGCACACAGUUUUCAGGCUUCUCUGCUGCUUCUUGCUUCCAAACUCGCUGCACUCGGCGCCCGCAGCCACUUGGCUGCCUCUAACAGACACUUUGGAGCGAGCCAGGAUGUUGGUGGACAAAAUCUCCAAAGACAUCCCGGCUGUGCACGGCGCCGUGGUCAACACCGAGGGUUUGACCCUUGACCUGUCCCAGCAGGCCGGCAGCCUGCAGAUGUUGGCCACCUCGCUGGGCAUCCCCCCCGCGCCGGUCCUCAAACCGCUGUCGGACAGCUUCACGCCGGACACCUGCGUGAGCCGCAUGGUAGAGGGCGGCCGGCUGUACCAGGGCCUGCUGGGAGUUUUAGCGGCACGCCUCGACGGGCUGGACGACCUAUGGACAGACCUGCGAGACCUGCUGACUCAGAUUGCCAAGGUGAGGGAAUUGGCCGGGUUGAGUGAGGUGGAAGUGGAGCAGAACCAAAGUGCGGACCUGGCCUCGCGUCUCCAUGGCAACUACGAGCUCCAAGUGGCGGUGCAUCUGACGCUGUGGCAACUGCGCUCCUUCUGUCAUGACAUGAUACGCAGCCUGAGAGCGCUCGCCACCUACAGGCCACCGUCCUCAGUUACACAGUAAACGGACCUGAUCAGACUCUGACCUGAGAGGACUACUUUUAAUUUGGCAGGAAAGCCGGACUACUGAAAGACUUCUCUGCUGCCCCCUGCUGGACAGAUAAGGUGGACGACGGCAUGCCAGCAGCCAUCUUGAACGUGAAUGUUAUUUAUGCUAUUUAUUGAUCCAAAAGCUCAGCCUGAGGAGCUACGAUGUUAGAAGUUUCAGUGAUUGACACUUCCUGUUCUUUCACAAUAAGGGCCUUUUAUUUCCAGUGGACGACAUAACAAUAAAUCUUCUCCAAUGGGGUCAAAAGUUAACAUUGGUAUCUUUUUUGUCUUCUGACCAUAUUUGGACAUCCCGGUCAGGAGGUGGUCAGUUCCUGCGCUGCUCCUGCUCCUUCCUGCGUUGUUUCUCCUUCUGUUUCUCCAUUUUGUCCAG